UAAAGCAUGCUUUCAAAUAUCAUAUGAAUUUCAUCGAUGAUGAGAUUCUUGUGUGAAAUUUAUUCAGCAAAAUGCAAUUAAGAAGAUCAAAUAUUAUUUCUCGUUUAAUACUACAUAAUAAUUCAAGACGUGAAUUUACAAAUAGAAUUAGUUUCAAAGAUAUAAUCAAAACAAAUAAAAAUGAUAGCAAAAAAUUGAUUUUGGUAGAAAAUUUGUCGGCAAAAAAUUCAUCGAUAAAUGGCCAUUCUUUACGCGAAUGUUUUAAUGUUAAAAUCGAUAAUUUUUGGACAUGGAAUUAUAGAAGAAGAAAUUUCGCCUUAAUCCAAUUAAAUAAAAUUGAUGAUGUAAUGAAAAUUCAAUCGAAUUGUGGUUAUAAUUUGCAUGCAUUGCCCAUUCGAACUCGAAUGAUUGAAACAAAUUUUCCUGCUAUCGACCAUCAUGAAUCAUCACAAUCACCAUAUGAGCUUGGAAUAAAUGUCAAAAAAUCAUUAAGUUGUUCGGAUCUAAAGGAAAGAUUUCCAACUAAUGAACAAUUAAUUAUUCAUCUGACCGAAAUGAAUUCUCUAAAUGAAUUAGACGAACUGCUUAGAUAUUUUCUGAUCACACAAUUGGAAGAUAUUAUUUGUCAGAGUGUUUUUUCUGAUUUUAAUAUCUAUCCAUUUGGUUCAUCAUUGAUUGGCUUAGGUGAUUCAACCAGUGAUUUAGAUUUAGCUCUAUUACAUGUUCAUCAAUGGCGAAAAAAUAGGGACAUAAAUUUUGCGAUGCCUGAAUUGAAAUCUGAACGUGAUCAAACACAACAAUGUUUAUCACUUAUUGCCGAUAUUAUUCGUAAUUUUAUGCCAAAUAUAUCAAAGGUGAAUCGAAUUCUAAGAGCUAGAAUACCAAUAGUUAAAAUGAGUUUUGAUUUGGCACCAAUCGAUAUCGAUAUUUCAAUUGAAUUAUCUACCGAAACUGGUCAUCAUGGCCUUUUAAUGGCUGAUUAUCUUCAUUACUGUGUUUCACAACAUGUAAACAUUAAACAAUUUUUACUUUUUCUCAAAUAUUGGUCAAAACAACAUGGUGUUGUCAAAUCUAUUCCGGGUAAUUGGUUUUCAAAUUUUCAAAUACUUGCAUUGGCCAUCUAUUUCCUUCAGAAGGAACAAAUUCUUAAACCGAUCGUCAAUAUUGACGAUAAUGAACAACAACAGUCCAUUACAAACGUUAUGAAUACAAUGAAGAUGAUCUACUCGUUUUUUGAAUUUUUAAUUUCAUUCGAUUUCGAAAAAGAAGCCAUAUCAAUACAAACAGGAAAAUCAUUUACAAAACCCGAUUUUUCACCACUUUACAUUGAAAAUCCGAUGGAACCUACAUUGAAUAUUUGUAAAAAUGUUAGCGGCGUUGAAUUUAAAAAAUUAUUAUUACAAGCAUAUAAUUCAUUAGAUGCUUUCCAUUGUAAGGAUUUUCAUCUGGCCGAUCUACUUGAUCCAGAAUAUUUUAAAACACUUGAAAAACGCAAUAAUCAAUCUGUUCGAUAAGAAUUUUGUUUAUAUUUUUUAAAAAUUUUUAUUUGAUUAGAUAUUUGAACUAUUGUUUAUAAACUGUACAAAUGCUGUUAUAAUACGAUCUUUAUCAUUGAAUGGAUUCAAUUUGGCAUAAUUAAUAAAUUGUCGCCGGAAUCGGUUCA